GUCGUAGUCUCUCCCUCUUUAUCUCUCUUCGUUGCUUUUCCUGGUUCACAAGUUCUCGGAGCUCGGGAGCGACCUCUCAUGGCGAUCUCGAGGAACGAGACCUUCUCCGAGCUCGGAUGAGGCCUUCUUCUACUUUUUCCGCCCAAGAAUGCGUGGUUCGUCAAGUUUGGGGACUAAAUGGAUUUGUCGUAGUAAAAUUGAACAAGAUUUCGGGGUAGAAGAUGAAGCUUUCGACGAUCGGUUUCGGCCAACAGGAGGAAGAAGGAGGGGAGGAGGAGAAGCGAUGCUUGAACUCGGAGCUGUGGCACGCGUGCGCGGGGCCUCUUGUGUGCUUGCCCACGGUGGGAACGCGCGUCGUCUACUUCCCUCAGGGCCACAGCGAGCAGGUUGUUGCAUCGACGAACAAGGAAGUGGAAGGGCACAUCCCGAAUUACCCGAAUUUGCCACCGCAGUUGAUUUGCCAGCUCCAUAAUGUUACAAUGCGUGCAGAUGUGGAAACUGACGAAGUCUAUGCGCAGAUGACGUUGCAACCUCUAGGCCCGCAGGAGCAGAUAGAUAGCUUCCUUUCAAUUGAGAUGGGUAUAGUGAGCAAGCAGCCAACAAAUUACUUCUGCAAGACUCUGACGGCAAGCGAUACGAGUACUCACGGGGGAUUCUCUGUUCCCCGCCGUGCUGCUGAGAAGGUGUUUCCUCCCCUGGAUUUCACUCAGCAGCCACCAGCGCAGGAGCUCAUUGCGCGUGAUCUUCAUGAUGUUGAAUGGAAGUUCAGGCACAUCUUUCGAGGCCAACCUAAAAGGCAUCUUCUCACGACUGGCUGGAGUGUGUUUGUCAGUGCCAAGAGACUUGUUGCUGGGGAUUCUGUUCUCUUUAUAUGGAAUGAAAAAAACCAACUUCUGUUGGGAAUUCGACGGGCUAAUCGUCCACAGACUGUACUGCCAUCAUCUGUUUUAUCAAGUGAUAGCAUGCAUAUUGGACUCCUUGCAGCUGCGGCUCAUGCUGCUGCAACUAAUAGUCGAUUCACCAUAUUUUACAACCCAAGGGCAAGUCCAUCGGAGUUUGUUAUACCACUUUCAAAAUAUGUCAAAGCCGUAUUUCAUACUCGUGUAUCUAUCGGUAUGCGAUUUCGCAUGCUCUUUGAGACCGAGGAGUCCAGUGUUCGUAGGUACAUGGGCACAAUAACAGGUAUUAGUGACUUGGAUCCUUUGCAUUGGCCAAAAUCUCACUGGAGGUCAGUCAAGGUAGGUUGGGAUGAAUCCAUGGCAGGUGAGAGGCAGCCUAGAGUUUCAUUAUGGGAAAUUGAGCCAUUAACAACAUACCCCAUGUAUCCAUCAUUGUUCCCUCUGAGGCUCAAGCGUCCUUGGCAGCCUGGAGCACCAUAUUCUCAAGAGAAUAAAGAACUCGAGAGCAAUUCCCCGAUGUUUCUAAGAGGGGGUAGUGGAGAACGGGGCAUUCAGCCUUUUAAUUUUCUGCCUUUUGGUGUGAACCCCUGGGUUCAACAGAGGUCAGAACCAUCACUGCUGGAGAAUGAGCUUAAUCAGUACCAAGCAAUGUCUAGUUUAGCAUUUCAGGACGUGGGGGGUCGGAACCAUCUGAAGCAGCAAUUGCUGCAAUAUCUUCCACAAGAACCGUGCAGAAUUAGCCCACUUAUACAGCAACAAAUUGUUCACCAGGCUCUUCAACAGCCAGUCAUUUGUGAUCAGUCGCACUGUGCAUCAGAGUGCAAUUUUCACUCUCCUCAACUGCAACAGACACAUACUGAAAUUGCAGAGAUGUCUCAGAUACCCAACAACAGAAUGAAGCAGCAGCAAUCAUGUUUUCCUUCUCAGCUGUAUGAGAAAACAAUCCUUGCUGACCCAAUCGUGAACUUCUCAUUAGCUUCUGCACCAAGUAGUGUCCAGGGUAUUUUAGGAGCUGAAGGAAAUGGCAAUAUGUUGAACCUUUCUAGACUUGGUCUUUCCAUGAUAAGCCCACAGAAUAAGCACCAGGAUCAGCAACAAUGGGAGCCAAAAUCUAAGGUGUCACAUGUCGCUUCUUUUGGCAGCUCGUUGGAAACUGAGAAUCAUCAAGAUCAACAUAAUCAGGAUCUCUUUGGUGUUAGCCAAUGUUCACCCACUGUUCUUCCAUAUCCACUACCUUGUCAGAUAACAAGCAAUGUUAUUGGAAAUGAUGCAUCUGCAGUGCCAUAUGCUGUAACUUCUUUUCAAAAUUCUUUAUAUGGCUACAUGGAGGAAGCAUCUGGACUCCUGCAAAAUGGAGGAGAGACUGAUCCACAAACUGGAACAUUUGUUAAGGUUUAUAAAUCAGGAUCAGUUGGGAGGUCUUUGGACAUCGCUCGAUUCAGCAACUGCAUGGAGCUACGUGAGGAGCUGGGUCGGAUGUUCGGUAUUGAGGGUCUUUUGGACGAUCCUCUUAGAUCAGGCUGGCAGCUUGUAUUUGUCGACAGGGAGAAUGAUGUGCUUCUCCUUGGAGACGACCCUUGGGAGUCAUUUGUGAAUAAUGUGUGGUACAUAAAGAUACUCUCACCUGAGGAUGCGGAGAAAGCAGGAGUUUGAAUCCUGUAAUCUUCUUCGACUGGAACUGUGAGCCCCGAUGGUCCUAUACUCUCUGGUCCAUAAGACCAGGCAGUUAAAACUUUCACUCUCUACUUCUCAAGGCAAUGCAACCAGAUAUAAGCUCAACUGUUGAGUAUUCGUAUGGCACAUUUUGGGACGUUUUGGUAUGUUUCGGUAUCGUGUAGCAUCAGCUUCUUAUAUUACCUAAGGUUAAGUGAACUCUGUUUAUUUCUAUUUCCUGUGGUAGCAAGCAUAUAUGUAUGUUUGUUCAUCUCCCGGUGCUGAUCCCCGAGCACCUGUUACUAACUCUGUUUGUGUAGUAUUUUAGUUCGUACUCUUUUCUGCCGUGGGUUUCUUCAGACCCUUUUGAGCUGUCAUCAUGCAUUCAGUUGAUUUUAGUUGUGAUGGUGAGGACUGGGUCCUGAUAACAGCCACUUUGUUGCUUAGUUGAUGUUGUCACUUUAUUUGAGUAGAGCUAUCAUGGUUUUAAGAGGAUGAAGAGCAAUCAUGUUUUUUUGGUUGUCUGAAUUGGUGAUCAAUAUUGUCGAACAUGUGCUUCAACUAUUUAAAAGUCAAACUUCGUAUGUUAAAAACUGGAA